CAGGAAACCAGGUUGCCCGAGGACCCCGUUGCUGUGCGGCGGCUGUUGUAUCUGAGUGCUGCUAGAACACCGGGAGUGCCCUGUGUGGCCGAUCCGGGAUCGCUGGUGUCCGGUUGUACAUUCCGCACCAUGAGCUCGGUCGGUGUGAUGUCUCCGGCUGCUGCGCCAGCCACUGAUUACUAUGAAGAGGAAGAUCUGGAGAGCGCCGAGGAGGAGGAUGACCGGAGUUUCCGGGGCCGAGAGUCUGAUGAGGAAUCCAGAAACGUCAGUGCAGCACUGGAUGAAAGAUGCAAGGGUCUGUCAGUCCAGGAACGCAUUGACCUUGCACACAAUACAAGCAAACAGUUGACAGACACUGAAGAUGCCAGUGAGACUGAUCUGGCAAAGCAUGACAAUGUGGACUAUGUGGAAAUGAAAGAACAAAUGUAUCAAGACAAAUUGGCUUCUCUCAAAAGACAGCUGCUGCAACUUCAAGAAGUGAUGAAAACUAGCACAGAAUCGAAUGAUGUGAAAAAGGAAAAAGGCCAAGUUACACAUUACAGGACAUUGCAAGAAUACCAAAAGCGCUUGAAAAAAUUAGAUCAGCAGUACAAAGAAAGACUAAGAAAUGCUGAGCUCUUCCUGCAGCUAGAGACAGAACAAGUGGAAAGGAACUACAUCAAGGAGAAAAAGGCUGCUGUCAAAGAGUUUGAGGAUAAGAAGGUUGAACUGAAAGAAAAUCUAAUUGCAGAGCUAGAGGAAAAAAAGAAAAUGAUUGAAAAUGAAAAAUUAACAAUGGAAUUGACAGGAGAUUCCAUGGAGGUCAAGCCUAUUAUGACUCGAAAACUGAGACGACGGCCCAAUGAUCCAGUGCCAAUCCCUGAUAAGCGAAGGAAGCCAGCACCUGCUCAGCUUAAUUACCUACUUACAGAUGAACAGAUCAUGGAAGAUUUAAGAACCUUAAAUAAGUUAAAAUCGCCUAAAAGACCAGUAUCUCCAUCAACUCCAGAACAUCUUCCAGCUACCCAAACUGAAUCUCCUGCCCUGAGGUUUGAAGCUCGGAUAGAGGAAGGGAAGCUGUAUUAUGAUAAGAGAUGGUAUCACAAGAGUCAAGCAAUAUACCUAGAAUCAAAGGACAAUACCAAAAUCAGCUGUGUGAUCAGUUCAGUUGGAACUAAUGAGAUUUGGGUGAGGAAAAGCAUUGACAGCACAAAGAUGAGGAUCUACCUAGGCCAGCUACAGAGGGGCUUGUUUGUUAUCCGGAGGCGUUCCGCUGCAUAAAACCUACUGGUCUCACCAGUCUUCUAAUGUGACCGUUCCUUUAUGACACAUCAUCUUUCAUCAGGAUGACAGUUGGCAACACUGACCUGCACAGACUGAAAUGCAAACUAUGAUCAGUGAACAUUACCUUGUAUAGUGAGAUUUUCAAAUCCUUUUUAGUGUCGGUGGUACUGAAGACUUGUGGUGAUAGACUAUUCAAUUAUUCUUCAGUAUAUCUUGACCUGAAGAUUAUUUUUUUGGGGAUUCUAGUAUUGAGCUGAACAAAGAGUCAACUGCAUCUUCUGCGAAGAGAAUUGUUUCACAAAAUCUCAGUGCUGCUGCAUAAAGUAGUUCUUUUUUUUUUUUUUGCCAACUCCUCACAAAGCUCAAAGUGACUAUAACGUAUUACAUUUUUUUUUUUUAACUUGUUUUGUUGUAACUUUAUUAUGAUGUUUAUGUUUUACUAAAGCAGCUGCUUUUAGAUGCAGAAUAAAAGGCAGGGAAUAAGAUCUUAGAUAUUAUUCAUUAUACAUUUCAUUGUUGCAACCAGUGCAUCUUGCUCAUUUGUAUUUUAGGUUUGGUGAUGGCGGUUUUUAAAAUCACCCAAACGACCAAACUGAUAAAUUUAUAAUUCAAGUAAGAUACGAUCUCAGGAAUUUUUGUGGAAAAAUUGGUUCUUUGUAUUCCUCUGCUUCUAUUAGUUGUCAAUGUAUUAUUGUAAAUCUUAUCUCAAGCUGCUUUAAAAUGUAUUCAUUUUAAAAUUU